CACUGCAGCAGUUGCCACACGCACUGUUGUAAACAGAGCAUUGCUUUUAGAACACUGUUUUAUCGAAUUUUUAACUUCACAUCCGUUUUGUAUUUUACUCUGUCACUCGUACACUUGAAAUGCCAGCUAAGACCUCCUUGUCUCUGCCAGAGGAUGUCAGGAAAAGGCUGCAGGUGCUGGAAAAGGAUGAGGAUGGAAUCUCGGAUGAGGAACUUGUCAAAGAGAAGCUCCGGUUGGUGCAGGAGUUCCUACAUAAGGAUGCUCAGGACCAGCUCAGUAGCCUACAAGCAAAGAUGAAGAGUUCAGAGCUCUCAAUGGAUGGCUACCUUGCUAAAGUGAAGGCCUUACUGGGAAUAGAGCUGUGCUUGGAGAAUGGGGCAAAUGGUGACACUGUGGGUCAUAAUGGGAAAACAAAUGGCUUUGCUGCAAACUGCACCCAUAAGGACGAGGAGGAAGGAAACAUGGCCAUUCAGGAGGAAGCUGAGCCAAUGAAAUCACCCUCUGCCCCCAAAGGCAAGGGUGGACGGAAGAGCAAGGCUGACGCUGAGACCAAGAAAUCUCCUGCCAGUGCUAGGGUCACAAGAAAUUCUGGGAAGCAGCCCACCAUCUUGUCAAUGUUCUCCAAAGUUCAAAAACGCAAGUCCGAUGAGGUGAAUGGAGAGACCACAAAUGGAGAAAAGGAACUGAAGCCAGAGGAGCAGGAAUCGGAGGAGGAGGAGAUGCGGGAAGAGAAACGUUUAAAAGUGGAGUCUGACGACAAAGCACGUCCAGAGGAAUCUAAGAAUGAAACCAAGCCUGUACUUGCAGCCAAGACUCCACCUCCCAAGUGUCCAGACUGCAGGCAGUAUCUGGACGACUCUGACUUAAAGUUCUUUCAGGGAGAUCCUGAUAAUGCGCUGGACGAGCCAGAAAUGUUAACAGACGAGCGCCUCUCUCUGUUCGACUCCAACGAGGAUGGGUUUGAGAGCUACGAAGACCUUCCUCAGCACAAGAUCACAAACUUCAGUGUGUACGACAAGCGUGGACACCUGUGUCCUUUCGAUGCUGGGCUGAUUGAGAAGAACGUGGAGUUGUACUUCAGCUGUUCAGUAAAGCCCAUCUAUGAUGACAACCCUUGUAUGGAUGGCGGCGUUCCUGCCAAAAAGCUUGGUCCCAUAAAUGCAUGGUGGAUCACUGGCUUCGAUGGUGGAGAGAAGGCUCUUAUCGGCUUCACUACAGCCUUUGCUGACUACAUCCUCAUGCACUCCAGUGAGGAGUACGCGCCCAUCUUCGCACUGAUGCAGGAGAAAAUCUACAUGAGCAAGAUCGUGGUGGAGUUCCUGCAGAAGAACCCGGACGUCAGCUACGAGGAUCUCCUCAACAAGAUCGAGACGACGGUUCCCCCUGCUGGGCUGAACUUCAACCGCUUCACGGAGGACACCCUGCUACGCCACGCCCAGUUUGUGGUGGAGCAGGUGGAGAGCUACGACGAGGCGGGAGACUCGGACGAGCAGCCAAUCAUCGUCACCCCCUGCAUGAGGGACCUGAUCAAGCUGGCUGGGGUCACCCUCGGAAAGAGCAUGCUGUUGUACUGGAGAGCUGCCCGCCGACAGGCCAUUCGCCACCCCACCAAGAUCGAGAAGGACAGCAAAGGGCCCACCAAAGCCACCACCACCAAGCUGGUGUACCUGAUCUUCGACACGUUCUUCUCUGAUCAGAUCGACCAGAAUGACAUAGAGAGGGGCGGCAUCAAACGUCAGCGCUGUGCCGUCUGUGAGGUUUGUCAAGCUUCUGACUGUGGAAAGUGCUCUGCCUGCAAGGAUAUGAUCAAAUUUGGGGGUAGUGGCCGAAGCAAGCAGGCUUGUCAGAAGAGGAGAUGCCCCAACCUUGCUGUGAAGGAGGCUGAAGAUGAUGAAGUUGUGGAGGAAGAGGAUGUGUUGCCUCUGAAGGCCCCCUCCAAGAAAGUGUCUCAGGCCAAGAAGAAGAAGCAGGCCCAAAGCAAGCAGGCCUGGAUUGGAGAGUCUGUCAAGACCGAGGGGAAGAAGCAGUACUACAUGAAGGUGCGUGUCAAUAAUGAGGUUUUGGAAGUUGGCGACUGUGUCUCUGUCAGCUCUGAAGACCCAUCCAUUCCCCUCUACCUGGCCAGGAUCACAGCGCUGUGGGAGGACAACAGUGGCAAGAUGUUCCAUGCCCACUGGUUCCUGCGUGGCACCGACACCGUGCUGGGGGAGUCCUCCGAUCCCCUGGAGCUCUUCCUGGUGGACGAGUGUGAGGACAUGCAGCUGAGCUUCGUCGAGGGCAAGGUCAACGUGAUGUACAAGGCUCCCUCAGACAACUGGUUCAUGGAGGGCGGGAUGGACGACGACAUAAAGGUGAUUGAGGACGACGGGAAGAGUUUCUUCUACCAGCUGUGGUACGAGGGCGAGUGUGCCCGCUUCGAGAGCCCUCCUACCUUUGCUCCCUCUGAGGACUGCAAGUUCAGGUUCUGCGCUGGCUGCAGUAGAGCCCACGAGAAGGAGGAACAGGAGACUCCUUGCGUGUCCGAGCCCUUGAAGGACGAGGACCAUGACUCCAAGACCCUUUAUGGCCUGGUCUCCCUGAACGGAGAGCAGUUCAGGGUGGGAGACAGUGUCUACCUGCCCCCAGAUGCAUUUUGCUUUGGGGUGAAGGCAGCCAGUCCGGUGAAGCGCUCCCACAGGAAGGAGGACGUGGAUGAGGAUCUGUAUCCAGAGUACUACAGGAAGUCCUCGGACUAUAUCAAGGGCUCCAACCUGGAUGCCCCGGAGCCUUUCCGUAUCGGCCGCAUUAAGGAGAUCUUCUGCCAGAAGCGCAGCAACGGAAAAUCGGACUCGUCGGAGGUCAAACUGCGUCUGUACAAGUUUUACAGACCUGAGAACACUCACAAAGGUGUAAAGGCAGGCUAUCACACAGACAUCAACCAGCUGUACUGGAGCGACGAGGAGGUGACCGUCAGCAUGUCGGACGUGGUGUGUCGCUGCCGGGUGGAAUAUGGCGAGGACCUCUACGAGUCUGUCCAGGAUUUCACCAACGGAGGGCCCGACCGGUUCUACUUCCUAGAGGCGUACAGUGCAAAGACGAAGAGCUUUGAGGACCCGCCCAAUCAUGCACGCUCAGCUGUAAAGAAAGGAAAAGGCAAGGGCAAAGGGAAAGGCAAAGGGAAGUCGUCGGCUACCCAGGAAACCCAGGACCAGGAGCCUCAGGAGCCCACAGUCCCCAAGUUCCGCACCCUGGAUGUGUUCUCUGGCUGUGGGGGGCUGUCUGAAGGCUUCCACCAGGCUGGGAUCUGCGAGACUCUGUGGGCCAUCGAGAUGUGGGACCCUGCCGCUCAGGCCUUCAGGCUGAACAACCCCGGAACCACCGUGUUCACGGAGGACUGCAACGUGCUGCUCAAACUGGUCAUGUCCGGAGAGAAGACCAACUCCCUGGGCCAGAAGCUGCCUCAAAAGGGCGACGUGGAGAUGCUGUGCGGAGGCCCACCCUGCCAAGGCUUCAGCGGGAUGAACCGCUUCAACUCCCGCACCUACUCCACGUUCAAGAACUCCCUGGUGGUCUCCUAUCUCAGUUAUUGUGACUACUACAGACCCAAGUUCUUCCUGCUGGAGAACGUGAGGAACUUUGUCUCGUUCAAGCGCUCCAUGGUUCUGAAGCUGACCCUCCGCUGCCUCGUGCGCAUGGGCUACCAGUGUACCUUCGGUGUCCUUCAGGCUGGCCAAUAUGGUGUGGCCCAGACCAGACGCAGGGCCAUCAUCCUGGCUGCAGCUCCUGGGGAGAAGCUGCCUCGCUACCCAGAACCUCUGCACGUGUUCGCCCCCCGGGCGUGCUCGCUCAGCGUGGUGGUGGACGACAAGAGAUACGUCAGCAACGUCACCCGAGGUAACGGAGGCGUGUACCGCACCAUCACCGUCAGAGACACCAUGUCGGACCUCCCGGAGAUCCGUAACGGGGCGGCGGCCCUGGAGAUCUCCUACAAUGGGGAGCCCCAGUCCUGGUUCCAGAGGCAGAUCAGGGGAACCCAGUACCAGCCCAUCCUCAGGGACCACGUGUGCAAGGACAUGAGCGCUCUGGUGGCAGCCCGCAUGAGGCACAUCCCCCUGGCCCCUGGCUCGGACUGGAGGGACCUGCCCAACAUGGAGGUCAGGCUGAAAGACGGUACCAACACCAAGAAGCUCCGCUACACACACCCAGACAAGAAGAACGGCCGGAGUGGCACUGGUGCCCUCAGGGGUGUUUGCACCUGUGCAGGAGGUAAGCCAUGUGACCCAGCUGACAGGCAGUUCAACACGCUGAUCCCCUGGUGCCUGCCUCACACGGGCAACCGCCACAACCACUGGGCCGGCCUGUAUGGGAGACUGGAGUGGGAUGGCUUCUUCAGCACCACAGUCACCAACCCUGAACCCAUGGGCAAGCAGGGCCGUGUCCUGCAUCCAGAGCAGCACCGAGUGGUCAGUGUGAGGGAGUGUGCACGCUCUCAGGGAUUCCCCGAUACCUACCGCUUCUUUGGGAACGUCCUUGACAAACACAGACAGGUUGGAAAUGCAGUGCCGCCCCCUCUCUCCAGAGCCAUUGGGCUCGAGAUCAAGAAAUGUGUCCUGGAGAGGAUCAAGGAGGAGAGUGUUUCAGAAACCGUGAAACAGGAAAACGAUGUGAAGCAGGAGAAAAUGGAGGUUUCGAACUAGCCACAUCCUGAAGCCAAGUCUCGAACUUCUUCAGUUUUUUGAGCCUUGUCACUGCUGUGGCCUAUCUGGACAUUCUGUGCAGUACUAUUUCGUGUUAAUGAUUUUUUUUUAAUGUGGUUUUAACCGUGUAUUUGCAAAUAUCAACACUGAAAGUGGAAUUAAUUGUAUGUAGUUUUUAUAUGUUGUAAUAUUUCAAAUAAAGCUUAUGAAAUGACAUUUA